UUUGCAAUGAAUAAUCAUUUGAUUUGUUCACACGAUUGGAAUAAACACUGAUAUCUCUAGAUGUACGAAAUUCGGACUUUAAAUAUUGCCGCCAAGGGCUAUGGUGAACGCAACCGGAAGUUAACACUUCUCCAUUGAAAUGUCAAGCACGCAUGGCACACUGCGUGCUCUUCGUUGAGUUUUUAUAGUUGAAAAUAUAAAUAUUGUUAAUACCUGUAUUCAUGGAGUAAUCGAGCAAGAUGAAAUUCGCAUACAAGUUCAGCAAUCUCCUCGGUACAGUGUACCGAAAAGGAGAUAUAAUAUUCUCUCCUGAUGGGGCCUCUGUCGUCAGUCCUGUUGGAAACAGAAUCAGUGUAUUCGAUUUGAAAAACAAUAAAUCGACUACACUGCCAGUAGAAUCAAGAUUCAAUUUCACUGCUAUUGAUUUAUCUCCCAAUGGGAAUAUACUCAUUGCUGUCAAUGAAGAGGGAGAGGCGCAUAUCAUUAGCAUGAUCAGUAAAAUGAGCAUUCACAAGCACAGGUUUAAACGGCCUGUGAGGUGUGUUAAAUUCUCACCCGAUGGGAAACACUUUGCAGUGUGCAAGGAGAAUAGAGUCUUUAUUUUCAACGCCCCAUACCUUGAAUCUGGUGAAUUCAAUCCCUUCGUCAUGGAGCGAGUGUUUUCGGGGCCAGUGGACGAUACGACAGUGCUUUGCUGGUCUUUUGACUCAAAAAUUCUCGCGGUGGGUUCUAAGGACACGACAACAAAACUCUACAGCCUCGAAAAAUUUGCAAACUUCAGGUAUUGCUCCCUGGGCGGUCACUCCGAGGAGAUUGUCUCCUGUUUCUUUGAGAAAAGUUCCUAUGACCUGACAACGAUUAGCAAAAAUGGUCACCUCUGUGUGUGGGAGUGUUCCCUAGAGCCAGAGGAUCUCGUCAUUUAUGAGCCCCCGAUCAAACGAGAAAAACCAAGAGAAGACAGUGACAGUGAGGACGACGUCGAUCUGGAGAAGGCCCUCGAGAAAACCGACAAGCAAAAAAAGAAAAUACCGCAGUCAGCAGAAUCUCAAGAGAACGACGACGAUUCUUCUGCCAGUGAGAAAGACAAAAUAAAGAAAUUCAUAUUCAAAAGACUGGCAAGACAUUAUUUAGCGGAUGAGCCCAGGAAAUCCGACAGAGCAGCGAUCCUGACAGCAGCUGCUUACCACCCAAACACUAAGAUCCUCGUUACAGGGUUUAGCAAUGGGAGUUUCUUUCUUCAUGAGAUGCCAGAAGUCAGUAUGAUCCAUUCUCUCAGCAUCUCCAACCAGUGCAUAUCAACUAUCGCUCUAAAUACAACAGGUGAUUGGAUUGCUUUGGGAUGUGCCAAACUGGGUCAGCUCCUCGUCUGGGAGUGGCAGAGUGAGACUUACGCCAUGAAGCAGCAGGGCCAUAGCAACUCCAUGAACACGUUGGCCUACAGUCCCGAUGGUCAGUACCUAAUCACUGGAGGAGACGAUGGAAAAGUGAAGCUCUGGAACACUCUGAGUGGAUUCUGUACAGUUACCUUCUCCGAGCACACAUCCUCAAUCUCCCACGUUUUGUUCAGCCAUAACAGGAAGUUUAUCGUAUCAGGAUCGCUGGAUGGAACAGCUCGAGCUUACGACCUCAUUCGUUACAGAAACUUCAAGACAUUCACAUCCCCAAGACCCGUUCAGUUCUCGUGCCUGGCUCUUGACUCUAGCGAUGAAUUCUUAGCAGCUGGAGGGCAGGAUGUGUUCGACAUCUACCUCUGGAGUGUAAAGCUGGGAACUCUGUUGGAGAUACUCAGUGGACACGAGGGCCCUGUCUCUAGUCUAGCCUUCAACCCCAGUCCUGCUAGUACUGCCAUGGCGUCCGUCUCCUGGGACAAGACUCUGAAGCUGUGGAAUGCCAUUGAGAGUGGAUCCACUCAUGAGACCAUUCAGUUAACUGCGGAUGGUUUGUGUGUAGUUUAUAAACCCAAUGGGGAGGAGGUUGCUGUUGCCACUUUGGAUGGACAGAUAUCGUUCUUCGAUUGCAAAACAUCAGAUCAGACAGGGAGUAUCGAAGGGAGGAAGGACUUGGGAAGUGGACGAGCGGAGACGGAUCUUAUCACUGCCAAGAAAAAUCUCGCGGGGAAGGCCUUCACGACAUUAUGCUACAGCGCUGAUGGUGCCUGUAUUCUCGCUGGUGGACUCUCUAAGAACGUCUGUAUUUACAAUGUCAAGGAGACGGUGCUUGUCAAAAAAUUCCAGAUAACUCAGAAUCGAUCGUUCGAUGCUGUUGAUGAUUUUAUCAACAGACGUAAAAUGACGGAGUUUGGAAAUCUUGCACUGGUGGAGGAGCGAGAGGAGAGGGAGGGAGGACAUGUCGCACUCAGGUUACCUGGAGUGAGGAGUGGGGACAUGGCUAGUAGGAGUGUGAAACCAGAAGUCAGGGUCUUCAGUCUCCAGUUUUCGCCUACUGGGCAGGCAUGGGCUGCUGCCACCACUGAAGGACUUCUGAUUUAUUCGCUGGACGUUGGAUUGGUCUUCGAUCCCUUUGAACUCGAGAUGGGGAUAACAACAGAGAGUGUGGUGGAGACUCUCGAAGAUGGGGAGUACGCGAAAGCUCUUAUGAUGGCAUUGAGACUGAAUGAGAAGGACUUGAUCAGGAGAGUUGUUGAGAAUGUUCCUUAUGGGGAUGUGGAGUUGACGGUUGUCAGUGUUUCACAGGUUUACAUUGAGAAACUACUGAAGUUUAUCGCUGUUGAACUGGAGGGAACCAGGCAUAUUCAUUUUUAUUUGAUAUGGAUAGAGAUUAUUCUUACAAGGGUAGGACACAAAAUUAAUUCCCCACUUCAAAUGCCGGUUCUGUUGACCCUGCAGAAGAACAUGCAGCAGAAGUAUGAUGACCUUAGUAAGAUCUGUGAUUUCAAUCAAUAUACGAUGAGUUUUAUCAAGAAAAGAGGGGAGCUGAAAGGGCCGGUUCAGAAUGGAGGCGGUAGUGAUGGAGAUUCGGACCUGUCUGGCGAGGAAAUGGAAAUUGAUUGAUUUUGUACAAAAUUGUUUUUUUUUAAAGAAUUAAAUAUGAACUUUCUCUUAGCUUAAAAAAAA